CGGCCAGGCCCGCUUUGCGCACGGGCCGCGGGACGGGCGGGGAGGGCUGGCCCCGGGGCUGUGCGCUGUGCCCGGGAGGGGUCUGACCCCGCGCCAGCCCGAGUUGAGGCCCCGCUGACCGCCACCCGCGCCGCGCCCUGCUCCCGCCGCGCGCCGAGGGACCCGGGGACGCCCGUCUGGGGGCGGGGGCCGCGCUGCGGGGCCGCCCACGCCGCGCUCCAGGAGCCGGAGCCAGCAGGAUGGACAUCAGGAUGUGCUGAUCUCCUCUGAAGACAGGACCACAGGUGUGGAAAGCUGCUGGCCGUGCUGGUGGGAGUUGGGGGUCUGCUGCCGCCUGGCUGUGUAGGAGGACCAAGCCAGCGAGCAUUCUGGUCAUGGAGGACUGCAACAUGCACUCGGCCGCCAGCAUCCUGGCCUCAGUGAAGGAGCAGGAGGCCCGCUUCGAGCGGCUGACUCGGGCACUGGAGCAGGAGCGGCGCCAUGUUGCUCUGCAGCUGGAACGUGCCCAGCAGCCUGGUGUGGGCAGUGGUGGUGUGGGCAGUGGGCAGCCCCUGUCGAUGGCCUGGCAACAGCUGGUCCUGCAGGAGCAGAGCCCGGGCAGCCAGGCCUCACUGGUUGCCAUGCCAGAGGCGCCCGAGGUUCUGGAGGAAACAGUGACAGUGGAGGAGGACCCCGGCACGCCCACCUCCCAUGUGUCCAUUGUCACGUCAGAAGAUGGCACUACCCGACGCACUGAGACCAAGGUCACCAAGACCGUCAAGACGGUGACAACACGAACAGUGCGCCAGGUGCCCGUGGGCCCAGACGGCCUCCCCCUGUUGGAUGGCGGCCCCCUGCUAGGCCCCUUUGCUGAUGGACCCCUGGACAGGCACUUCUUGCUGCGUGGGGGCGGCCCAGCGGCCACGCUUUCCCGCGCCUACCUCAGCAGCGGGGGCACCUUUCCUGAUAGCCCUGAGCCCCAUGAGGUCCCCAACUACGGCAGCCUGUCCCGUGGGCUGGGUGUGCGACCCCCACGAGGUGGCCCCCUUGGCCCAGGCCCUGGCGAUGGCUGCUUCACACUGCCUGGCCACCGUGAGACCUUCCCCGUGGGCCCUGAGCCUGUGCUGCCAGCUGGCCGCUCCCAGCCUGAGCGCUUCCAGGCUGAGCCCUAUGGCUUGGAGGACGACACGCGCAGCCUGGCUGCUGAUGACGAGGGAGGCGCGGACCUGCAGCCCGACUGUGGCACCACCGCACGGAGGAGGCCCGACUGUGGGCGGGGCCUCCGCACCAGGGCCUGUGAGGACGGGGCAGAUGAUGGUGGUGAGCUGAGGGAGGAGCGGCCCCUGUUCCCGGCCGCGACGGCACCCCUGGCCCAGCCAGAACGGGGCAGCCUGGGCAGCCUGGACCGGGCAGUGCGGCGCUCGCCCUCGGUUGACAGUGCCCGCAAGGAGCCGCGCUGGCGGGACCCCGAGCUGCCCGAGGUCCUGGCCAUGCUGCGGCACCCCGUGGACCCCGUGAAGGCCAACGCGGCCGCCUACCUGCAGCACCUGUGCUUCGAGAACGAGGGCAUCAAGCGUCGUGUGCGGCAGCUGCGGGGGCUGCCGCUGCUCGUGGCUCUGCUGGACCACCCGAGGGCAGAGGUGCGGCGUCGGGCCUGCGGGGCUCUGCGAAACCUCUCCUAUGGCCGAGACACUGACAACAAGGCUGCCAUCCGGGACUGCGGCGGCGUGCCUGCCCUGGUGCGCCUGCUGCGGGCCGCUCGGGACAAUGAGGUCCGUGAGCUUGUCACAGGCACGCUCUGGAACCUGUCAUCCUACGAGCCCCUGAAGAUGGUCAUCAUUGAUCACGGCCUGCAGACGCUGACCCAUGAGGUCAUUGUGCCCCACUCGGGUUGGGAGCGUGAGCCCAAUGAGGACUCUAAGCCACGGGAUGCCGAGUGGACAACUGUCUUCAAGAACACUUCAGGCUGCUUGAGGAACGUGAGCUCGGAUGGUGCAGAAGCCCGGCGGCGGCUCCGGGAGUGUGAAGGGCUGGUGGACGCACUCCUGCACGCCCUGCAGUCGGCCGUGGGCAGGAAGGACACGGACAACAAGUCUGUGGAGAACUGCGUCUGCAUCAUGCGGAACCUAUCCUACCACGUGCACAAGGAGGUGCCUGGGGCUGAGAGGUACCAGGAGGCUGAUCCUGGGCCCCCGGGCAGUGCUGCGGGCCCCCAGCGCCGGAGGCGGGACGACGCCAGCUGCUUUGGUGGCAAGAAGGCCAAAGAGGAGUGGUUCCAUCCAGGGAAGAAGGACGGUGAGAUGGACCGGAACUUUGACACGCUGGACCUUCCCAAGCGGACCGAGGCCGCCAAAGGCUUUGAGCUGCUGUACCAGCCCGAGGUGGUCCGUCUCUACCUCUCCCUCCUCACUGAGAGCCGGAACUUCAACACCCUGGAGGCUGCCGCAGGUGCCCUGCAGAACCUCAGUGCUGGCAGCUGGAUGUGGGCCACGUACAUCCGUGCCACGGUGCGCAAGGAGCGCGGGCUGCCGGUGCUCGUGGAGCUGCUGCAGUCUGAGACUGACAAGGUGGUGCGUGCUGUCGCCAUCGCCCUGCGCAACCUCUCGCUGGACCGGCGCAACAAGGACCUCAUUGGGAGCUACGCCAUGGCCGAGCUAGUGCGGAAUGUGCGCAGUGCGCAGGCCCAGCUGCGUCCCGGGGCCCGCCUGGAGGAGGACACAGUGGUGGCAGUGCUCAACACUAUCCACGAGAUCGUGUCCGACAGCCUGGACAACGCGCGCUCACUACUGCAGGCCCACGGCGUGCCGGCAUUGGUGGCACUUGGCGCCGCCAGCCAAUCGGUGCGCGAGGCGAAGGCCGCGUCCCACGUGCUGCAGACCCUGUGGAGCUACAAGGACCUGCGCGGUGCCCUGCAGAAGGAAGGCUGGACCAAGGCACGCUUCCAGUCAGCUGCUGCUAAUGCCAAGGGAGCUAAGGGCACCCCGAGUCCCGGAGGCUUCGACGACAGCACACUACCGCUGGGGGACAAGAGCCUUGAGGGCGAGAAGCCAGGCAGCCGUGACGUGCUCCCCAUGGAGGCACUUGGCCCGGAUGGAUACUCCACUGUGGACAGGAGGGAGCGGAGGGCUCGAGGCAGUGACCCUGCAGGGGGCAGCUCUGAGAAGGAACCAUUGAAAACCGAGCCCAGCAGGAAGGCCCCUCCUCCCGGGCCCAGCAGGCCUGCGGUCAGGCUGGUGGACGCCGUGGGGGACUCUAAGCCUCAGCCGGUCGACUCCUGGGUCUAGCUUGCAUGUCUGGGCCCGGCCGGCCUUCUGUUCUUAGGCCUGAUCACGAAAGAAGGGAACUCCGGCCGGCCUGCGCAGACCCUGGCUGGAGCUGGGAGCCGCCUGGUGGCCACAGGUGACAAGGCCUCUGGCUCCAGAGCCAGGGCCAACACUCUGGACACACCCGCUUGCGCCCCCUCGCUCCCUUGCUCCGAGCCCCUAGGCUGGUUAGCGCUUUAUAGACUCGGUGCUGUGCGUGAGACGGAGGGAGUGGGGCAGAGAGAAGGCCAGGAGGUGGCAGCAGAGGGCGCCUGGCUUGGCUUCGGGCCAGUGGGAUUGGAGAGUGUGCCUCCGCAUGGACGGGGCAGCCAAGGGGCAGGGUGUGCCCUGGGCUCCCAGUGCCACCCUGCGAGUGCCACCCUGCAUAGCAGGCCGCCUGGGGGCGUGGCAUGCCCUGGGGGCCGGCUGAGCAGGACCUCUGGAGGCCAUGAGAUGGGCGGCAGGCUUGCUGCCCCCUGCCCACCAACCCGUGAUGCCUGGACCCCAGUGCCAGGGAGGCCCUGCCGAGCUGCGCAUAGGCGGGAGCCCCGGGCGGCGCCUCCAGGACCUGCCUUCCGAGCAGUGGGGGCUCCUGUUCAGUGCCUGCUGUCUGUGACUGAAGUCAGAAGAGAACCACGGAAAUAAGCAUUAAAAACAAGACCAAAAUAAGACCGUAUUGGUAAACACCUAAAUUUUUGUAAGAAAACUUAAAAAUUAAAAAACUCCUGAGGAACUGGC